AUGUCCUCCUUCCCAUCCUCUACCCGGGCCUCCCAUGGCCACUCCAACUCGUCGCACCGUCAAUUCCCCGCCUACAACCCGGUCGCCGCCGUGACCGCUCCCGCGGGCACAUUCUUGCCCGGGACCAAGGUCCAGGUGGGCAGUCACCGCGUCGUGGUAGAGAAGUAUCUUUCGGAGGGCGGGUUUGCUCAUGUCUACGUGGUGCGGUUGCCCAAGGGGGCCAAGGGCUCGGAAACGGCCGUGCUGAAGCGAGUUGCUGUCCCCGACAAGGCGGCGCUCGCCAACAUGCGCACCGAGGUCGAGACGAUGAAGAAGCUCAAGGGCCACCGGCACAUUGUCACCUACAUCGAUUCGCAUGCCUCCCAGCUUAGUGGAGGCGGUUUCGAGGUCUUCCUGCUCAUGGAAUACUGCGCGGGUGGCGGUCUGAUCGAUUUCAUGAAUACCAGGCUCCAGAAUCGCUUGACAGAACCUGAAAUCAUCAAGAUCUUCUCGGAUGUUGCCGAGGGUGUGGCCACUAUGCAUUACCUGAAGCCGCCUCUGCUCCAUCGGGAUCUCAAGGUUGAGAACGUCCUGAUCUCGCGUUCCGGGGGUUCGUCUUGUUACAAGCUGUGUGAUUUUGGAUCCUCUGCACAGCCGCGUCCAGCGGCCAAGACGGCCGCCGAGGGUCGAUUGAUUGAGGACGAUGUGCAGCGACACACGACGAUGCAGUAUCGCAGCCCGGAGAUGAUUGACGUUUACCGGAAGCAGCCGAUUGAUGAAAAGAGUGAUAUCUGGGCGCUUGGUGUGUUCCUGUACAAGUUGUGCUACUAUACCACUCCAUUCGAAGAGGUUGGGCAGAUGGCCAUCCUCAACGCCACCUACAAAUUCCCCUCUUAUCCUUCCUUCUCGGAACGGCUGAAGACAUUUAUCGCAUCAAUGCUCAAAGAAGAUCCGCGGAAGCGCCCAAACAUCUACGAGGUGGUGCGCGAGGUGUGCAGCAUGCAGAAGAAGGAUGUUCCCAUUCGCGAUAUCUACUCUAAUCGCACCGCCUCCGAGGCGCGUCGAAACCAAGAACUGCCACCCACACCCACAGAGGCUCCUGCAGUGGGUGCAAAAUUCUCACCACAUAUUCAGGAGACCAAAAUCAUUCCUGAAAUUGCACCUAUGCGCCGAGGACGACCUAGCAAGCCCCAAUCAUCUCAACCUAACUCCGCUAAACCAAGCCCAUCUCCUUAUCGGGGCCGGGGCGACUCAACAAGUUCACCCACUGAUCCCUUUGAAGCUUUGGACGGUGGCGUUGCCAGGAGGAAGAAAGUCGCAGACGAGCUGUCCAAUCGAUUCCCGACUUUGGAUCAGUUUAAUAUUUUACACGAGAAAGCGGACAGGUUCAAUUUCGAGCCGACAGCGGAGCCCUCCAAGUCGGACGAGGACGUCUCCCAGAGACUCACCAAUGCCUUGGCCGACGAAGCCUUUGCUCCGCGCCCGUCGCAGGAGCAAGAAACUCGGCGAUCGCAGGUCUCACCCGUGCGGUCUCCGCCUGCGCGUAACGCUCCUCAGCAAUCCGCGCCGCUGUAUCAGCCUACUCCUCAGCGGCCCUCAAUGGUUUCAACCGGGACAAUGACUUCUCCUGCACAGACACCUCGUAUAUCAGAGCCGAAGAUAUCCAGUCGACCGAUUUACCGGUUCCCGACAUCGGACGAACGGCGGCCUUCCAGUCAGCCAUGGGCUGACGAGGAGCGGACAACGCACAAGGGCUCGCCCGGUUUCCGGGGGGAGAUCGAUCUCCCGCGCGAAUCCGAAACAAGUCGGUCCUCUGUGGAUCUGUCUCGCAUGCAAUACGAGGAAGGAGCACCGCCGCGAUCAGUUCGUAUGGAUGUCGAGGACCGGGCCAACAUUUCGUCAGAUGUCGCCUAUUUGCGCGCAAUGGAAGAAGAAGAGAGUAAUCGGAAACGCGAGAAACGAUCCAGCAGUGGUUCGAAGCACAUAAAGCGCAGCAGUCUGUCCAGUCUGUCCCUCUCGGGGACCAAGUCCUUGUUUGGUGGCCGCUUUGGUGAUGCAUUCCGUCGUUUCGAAAGCAGCAACCAGGAUGCGCCGCCCACACCGUCGGUGGAGCAGCAAGCUGUGCUUGAACCCGCCGAUGAUAGUCCCCCGCCGGACGAGGAUGUCAUUCUGGAUGACCUCGAUCGCGAUGACAUCUCCCCGGAAAUGCGCCGCGAGUUGGAGCGUCGCCGUCUGUCCCAGGAGGAGAAGAGGGUCGCCAACGCCGCGGCUGAGUACCGGCGCCGGGUCGCUGAAGGGGAAGGUGGAAGAACGGGUGGCGAUGGGCCCCGCGCCCGUGCAAUCCAGAACAAGGUGCAAUCCUUGUUUGGCGAGUCUAACAAGCCCGCGCCGCCGCCCAAGACCGCGACCGGGUACGGCCACUACACGGAGUCAACCCCCGCUUUGCAGGCAAAGCACGAGGUGCAGUCAUCCCGCUCUGAGGCGCCACGAAGCAUUUCCCAAACUCCAGGCUCCGUUUACGGUGGUCGCGAAGGGCCUACGUCUCCCCCAGACCGUGAAGGAGGUGCCAGUGCGCCUCUCCCGCAGUCUUCGACGGGUUACUCCUCGGGCGCGCGGCCUGGAUCGCGUCCGGCGGCACCCCCGAAACCCAAAAAUCUCCGGGUUGGCGGUGGGCAAGGGACCUCCCAGCCCAGUACAGGACAGGAUGCCAGUCACGCGACUCCCACUAGCCCGGGUGAUGACUGGGAAGCCCAGUUCAGCCGCCGAUUCCCUAGCCUUUCGGGACUGGAGAUGGAGACGGAGAUCAAAUCGCCCAAGUAUCACAGCCUGCGGACACGGAAAGUGUAG